GAUUCCAAAAACAACUUUUAGAGUAAAAUUGCAUUACAGGUGUAGAAAAAAAAUCUAGUGACUCACUCUUACCUUACAUUGAGUCUAGAUCUACUCUGAUAAAUAUUGUACACGAAGGUAGCCGACCAGGUAUUCUUGCUUUGUGUAUCGACAUAAUCUAUCUAGGUCUAGAGAUCCAGGUCCAGAUUAUUAUAAUUUUACUAGACUAUUUCAGGCAAGUGUAACAGAUAUGUCAAACAGCUCAGUGUCUUAGAGUUGAAGACUUGCUAGAAUCGACUGCAAAAAACUGAUCACACAAAAUGCCAUCAGGAAACCUGACUAUCAAUGAGACUGAAGUGGUCAAGUUAGUAGCCGAGUUUCUUCAGAAUAGGACUCUGAACAUCUCCAUGCUCUCCCUAGAGAGAGAAACUGGAGUCAUCAAUGGAUUAUUCUCAGAUGAUAUGUUGUUCUUGAGACAGCUGAUAUUGGAUGGACAGUGGGACGAUGUGAUUGAUUUCAUACAGCCUCUAAUAUCAAUAGAAGCUUUUGACAGCAAAAAGUUUCAGUACACUAUAUUGAAGCACAAAUACCUAGAAUUGUUGUGUAUCAAGUCAGAACCCAACGUGAUGCAGAACUAUGAAACAACAGUGGAUGAAGUAGUGAAGUGUUUAAACACUCUAGAGAGUCUUUGUUCCAGCAAGGAAGAUUACAGCAAUCUAUGUUUUUUACUGUCCCUGCCCAAGUUGUCGGAUCACAGUGAAUAUCAAAAUUGGAAUCCCAGCAAUGCGAGAGUGGAAUGUUUUAGACAGGUUGAGCCUCUGCUAAGACCUUAUUUACCUAUAGAGAAGAAAGAUGAACAAAAGAACCAGAUGAGCUGCAAUGAUCGCUUGAUGCAACUGUUAUUGAAAGGAAUGUUGUAUGAGUCUUGUGUGGAUUACUGCCAGCAACAAGCCACUGGUGGACAGAAUGGAAUGACCUACUCUACUCUCCUGACUGAUACAGGAUUCAGUGAUGCUGACCUGUCUCUCCUGGCUUGGUUGCAGUGUAUUCCCUAUGAGGUCUUCUCCUGCCCGUUUGAGCAGAGAGCUAUCAGCGUAGACAUACGCCCACUCAUCAAGCCUUCGCUGGAGGCGUCCUGGUCUGAACAGAUUCUAGUCACCCCUAUAAAACCCAAAAUGUUUCCCCACUCGGCAGUUCCAGCCAUGAGGUCAAGGUCGGCAGAGCUGAUGACAAGAUCAUUGAACCCUCAGUUUGAUGGAUUAUCUAGUGGACUAUGGCAAGGCAAUAGACUAGAGUGGUCUGCACCGCAGAACCAAGCUGCUCUGUCCCAAUCUAUGAUGCCGGGAGGGAUCCCCAACAACCCUAGAGACCCCAUGCUAAUGUCGAUGGAGAAACUGUUCUCUGAAGGGGAGGUUAUAGACACACGUACAUCUAUCUCUGAGGAGUUGAAAGGUUUGCAGAGAGCAAGUUUGAAUCUCAGCAAGCCUGGAAGUCCAGCACCAAGUGUAAAAGCCCCUACUAAGUCCUCCUCCCCAUCUCGAAGUGUGACCAAAUCAGAGACUCCACCCUGGUCAUCUCAGAGUUCCAGUACCAAGGACUCUAGCAAUGAACUGUACAAGGAGUACCAGAGGCAGAGGCAGCGACUACAGGAACAGUUGGAGUUACAGGAGAAACAAAGAGAACUGUACCAAAGGGAGCUCAAUGAGAUAGACAAGAAAGCUCAGCAGGCCAUAGGGGAUAAUAGGCUGUCAGAAGAGUUACUGUUUUCUCAUCUGAAUGAUGUCCCUACUAUAGCCUCACUGCAGAUAACAGCUGGAGACGCUACAGACAGGUGCCCCUCUGAGUGUCCAUCCAGUCAGUAUUUGCAGCAGAUGUCACCAUUUCCUGUCUCCUCACCAUCACUUCUCCCCACCAUUGAGCAAAAAGACCCAGGCCAGGCUACCAAUAGAAGCUCUCCAGAACAGUCCAAGAACAACGUGGAUGCCAAUAUAGUUGACCCACAACAGCCCAGUGUGGUGGGCCCGAGCAAGACAGAGCCAAGACCGAUGGCUGGAAAAUCUGUAACUCCCUUGGCCAAUACCAGAAGAUCAUCUGAAGUCAGUAAAUCACCGUCUCAUAAACCUGGCUUCAUCCCAGUGACCAAAAUUGAAGACCAACAGGCCAUCAGAGCCAUUGCUUUUCACCCCAGAGGUAACUUUUAUGCCUUGGGCUCCAAUUCCAAGAUGUUGAGGGUGUGUGCCUUCCCAAAUAUGGGCAACUUAAGAGAGGAGCAUGUGGCCUAUGAGACCAGUGUAGUCUACAAACAUGCAAAGCACCACAAGGGCUCCAUCUACUGUUGUGCCUGGAACCCACUGGGUGACCUGAUAGCCACUGGGAGCAAUGACAAGACCAUCAAGCUGACCAGGUUCAAUGAGGACACGCUCAGUGCUGAAGGUACCAGUAUGGAGCUAGGGUUCCAUGAUGGAACAGUGCGGGACCUUGUUUUUAUGCAGGAUGUGACCAACCGCUCCUCCAUUCUCAUCAGCGGUGGUGCUGGUGACUGUAAGAUAUAUGUCAGUGAUUGCGAGUCUGGAGCACCCAUUAGAGCAAUGGCUGGACACACAGCUCACAUUUAUUCUCUGCACACUUGGGGAGGCUGCAUGUUUGUCAGUGGUUCUCAAGACAAGACUGCUAGGUUCUGGGAUCUUAGGGCGUCUACUCCUAUCACAGUAGUACCUGCUCCUUCAGGCAGUCCCUAUGCAUCUGUCUGUGUUGAUCCAUCUGGUAGGCUGAUGGUUUCUGGCCACGAAGAUGGUGUUGUUAUGUUGUAUGAUAUUAGAGGAGCCAAGGUUGUCCAGAGUUUCCAGCCACACACUGGGGAAUGUCGGUCAGCUCGGUUCUCUAAUAAUGCUUACUACUUGCUGACUGUUGCGUAUGACCAGCGAAUAGUGAUCACAGAUCUCCAUGGUGAUCUGUUGAGGCCAUUGCCGAGUGUUGUCGUUGGGGAACACAAAGAUAAGGUCAUUCAAGGCAGGUGGCACCCCACACAGUUUGCUUUCGUCACAAGCAGUGCAGACAGGUCGGCAAUAUGCUGGGGCUUGCCUACCGUCAUGUAAAAUUAUCACCGGAUCAGCACACCUACACAGUGUACAGUAGUCUCCAGUAGUUCUAGAGGAUACGUCUUCUCCUGGGACGUCUUCACCACAUCAUCUAAACAUUACUAUUUAAACAUUUGUUUGCCUAUAUGUAAUGUUAUUGAGUCUUGUCUCCCUCAUCUGUUAUUCAUACAAUAUAUGCUGUGAGACUGUAAACCAACUUACUUUGUAACUUAACAGGUAGAACUAAAUGUUGGUAGCACAUAGUGUGUGUAUUGUUCUUGUAAUUAUGCUAGUCAGUUGAUGAGACAAUUUGAAAUAAGAGAAACUAGUUUCUCCUCAUCGUUGGUCUAGGUGUCUUUUGGUCCAGGGGCACUACCUUAACUCUUUCUCUCCAUUAUUAUUUAACACGUUCUGAUGGAAUCAACGUUGGUAUUGUCAGUUAGGAGAGAAAGAGUUAAAGAAGAUAUAGGGUGAAAAUAUAUUUACAUAGGACUAUGACCUUAGUUCUUGAGGAGUGGGUUCACCCAGUUUCAAAUAGAUCUAGGUCUUGAUGAUCUCUGACAUUAUUUGGUCAAGAGGGUUGGUCUGUACAAAAGUGUACAAUACUGUACUCGGAGAAAAGAGAAAUAAAUUAUAUUUACCUUGUUUGUUGUGCACAAGUCCUGGGUUUAUUAACCAGAUAACUAACUAUCUCACUUUAACUACACAAGAAAUGUUAUACAUUGUUUUGUACUGAAUGACUUUCUCAUUACUCUGUAUUGUGAGUGACUGUCUCUUGCAACCUUUUUUUUUUUUUUGUUAAAGAUAAAUUCAUUAUCAUGUUGACCUGUACAUAAAACAGAUUUUGAAAUAACUUUAAAUACAAGUUAUUAUGACAUCUCCCAAUGAUUGGACGGAUUAAAAACAAUUCAAGUGAGAUCAUUUCAUAUAAUUAAAAAAUGACAACUUUUCUAACUCAUUUGUCUUUUUUUUGUAUUUCUUGUUCAUGUUCUUGGCAGCUCUUAGAAGCAGACUUUCAUGCUUUUCCUGUUUUUUUGUUAGUUUUUUUUAAAUAACAUUUUGAGUUCCGCCCCCCCCCCCCCCUUUUUGUCAAGAUUUUAGUAAUGUAAUUUUACAUUGAUUAAAAAAUUAGCCAAUUUGGCAUCACCACAAUGUAUGUUUGUUUGAAAUAAACAUACUUACAUGCUCAUCUUUAUAUUCUGUGUAACACAAAGUUUAGUUAAUGUGAUACAUUUAGGACUCAUUACAGAACAUAGCACUAGAAAUGGACUCUUUAAGUUAACAUGAAACAUAACUGAAACAUAAUGCUAAGAUACACUUAUUUUAUUCUUCUUGCCUAGCUUGAUUCAAUUGCUGCAUUUACUUUUAUAGUUUAUUUGAUAACAAUUGCUUAAUAAUAAUAAAAAUUCUCUUUUAAGUUAACAUGAAACAUAACUGAAACAUAAUGCUAAGAUACACUUAUUUUAUUCUUCUUGCCUAGCUUGAUUUAAUUGCUGCAUUUACUUUAAUAGUUUAUUUGAUAACAAUUGCCUAAUAAUAAUAAAACUAUUGUAUAAUAACAAGUGGAUACUGUCUCAAUUUCUCUGUCAAAUAUUGAUAUCAUAGUUUUAUGAUUAGUGGACUAGGAGUUGAGGAGUCCGAGAAAUAUUCUAUACAAAAACUCCUAAUAGAAAAAAAAAGAAGCUGUAAGCAACUCUUAACCCUUAAAGUGCUGAGCUAUUUUACAAUCAGUACAUACAAAAUGGAUAUACAAUAAUGAUUUUUAGUGGCUUAACUACCACAUGCAUUUUAAGGGUUAAUUCAACCAUCUAGAUAUGCCAAUAAUUUUGUUUCUUAAUAGUCUCCUAUUUUAGUUUUUUACAUCUCUUAAUCAAAUUUGUGUAAAACAAAACAAAAAAUGGCAGUUUGUAAAAACAAGACUUUCACAUUGUUUGAGAAUGUGCCAUGUUUUUUUUUUAUAAUGAGCUAUUAUUGACUUUAUUUUUUGUUAUUAUUUUUUGUGUUAACCAAAUGUUGUUUUUCAUUGCAAUUGUUUGUUUCUUUGAUGCUUCAUAGACUUUGUAAAAACUUGUACUCUUUUAACUUUUGUCAACACUAACUCAUUGUUGCUGUGUGACUAGGUGGUUGAGCACAGUGAGGGCCAGUAUUUGAGUAUACACCUACUUUUAUUCAUCAUUUCCAGGCUUUAUCGGAAUCCACAUAACUCUUUAGGACUAAAAAAAACUUUAGCUUGGGAAAUGCACAUCUCUUUUAGAAACACAGGGAUUUACUGGAACCUAUUCUCACAAGUGAUAGGAUAUUUGUACUUUUGGAAAGUUAGUACAUUGUCUUACGUCACUAAAUAAUCGUGCUUUUCACCAGCAUUUUAUGUCUCAUGAGGCCAUGUUCUCACACUCAAGUUUUAAGCUCACAGUAUUUUGUAUUGUGUUGAGAACACUGUACCAUCAGCAUGUCACAGAUUCAUAUGUUAAUUUGAUUUGGCAAAUAAUGUUCUUGGUGCUGAGAAUCCAAGCUGAGGGUUAUAAGCUGUAAGUUUGAGUUUCUAGGUCUCCUCACAGUUUACCCAGAUUUCUACAGUAACUUAAAAUCUGUGACGGUUCACACAGCUGUAGAGUGUACUUGUAUUUGACAUCUGUCAAAGUUCUCGACCCUCAGUGCACCUGUUAGGCUCCACUCAGCUUUAAUACCUACUAUUCUUGAUACAGCACUAUAGUGUAUCACUGACAUCUGUCAAAGUUCUCAAGAGAUCCCCAGUGCACCUGUUAGGCUCCACUCAGCUUGAAUACCUACUAUUCUUGAUACAGCACUAUAGUGUAUCACUGACAUCUGUCAAAGUUCUCAAGAGAUCCCCAGUGCACCUGUUAGGCUCCACUCAGCUUUAAUAUCUACUAUUCUUGAUACAGCGCUAUAGUGUAUCACUGACAUCUGUCAAAGUUCUCAAGAGAUCCCCAGUGCACCUGUUAGGCUCCACUCAGCUUUAAUACAAUAACUACUAUUCUUGAUACAGCACUAUAGUGUAUCACUGACAUCUGUCAAAGUUCUCAAGAGAUCCCCAGUGCACCUGUUAGGCUCCACUCAGCUUUAAUACAAUAACUACUAUUCUUGAUACAGCACUAUAGUGUAUCACUGACAUCUGUCAAAGUUCUCAAGAGAUCCCCAGUGCACCUGUUAGGCUCCACUCAGCUUUAAUACCUACUAUUCUUGAUACAGCACUAUAGUGUAUCACUGACAUCUGUCAAAGUUCUCAAGAGAUCCCCAGUGCACCUGUUAGGCUCCACUCAGCUUUAAUACCUACUAUUCUUGAUACAGCACUAUAGUGUAUCACUGACAUCUGUCAAAGUUCUCAAGAGAUCCCCAGUGCACCUGUUAGGCUCCACUCAGCUUUAAUACCUACUAUUCUUGAUACAGCACUAUAGUGUAUCACUGACAUCUGUCAAAGUUCUCAAGAGAUCCCCAGUGCACCUGUUAGGCUCCACUCAGCUUUAAUACCUACUAUUCUUGAUACAGCACUAUAGUGUAUCACUGACAUCUGUCAAAGUUCUCAAGAGAUCCCCAGUGCACCUGUUAGGCUCCACUCAGCUUUAAUACCUACUAUUCUUGAUACAGCACUAUAGUGUAUCACUGACAUCUGUCAAAGUUCUCAAGAGAUCCCCAGUGCACCUGUUAGGCUCCACUCAGCUUUAAUACCUACUAUUCUUGAUACAGCACUAUAGUGUAUCACUGACAUCUGUCAAAGUUCUCAAGAGAUCCCCAGUGCACCUGUUAGGCUCCACUCAGCUUUAAUACCUACUAUUCUUGAUACAGCACUAUAGUGUAUCACUGACAUCUGUCAAAAGUUCUCAAGAGAUCCCCAGUGCACCUGUUAGGCUCCACUCAGCUUAAAUACCUACUAUUCUUGAUACGGCGCUAUAGUGCAUCACUGACAUCUGUGAUUGAGUAAGGUGGUUAGUUCUGCACAUGAAACCCUUAUUUUUUAAUGCUUACCCACAUAGAAGGUAAACUCUACUAAACUGAAUUUUAUCUGGCGUAGUUUUGAAAGUCAGAAAAUGAUUUCCUAUGCGCUUCGUUCUACAGUAUUUAUUUCAUGCUUAUAUCAAACUCAAAGUGUAUUUAUUUAUUUUUUUUAAUGCUACUCUGUGUUAUUACAUAUUGUACAAACUUUUUUUUUUUGUUUGGCUGCCGUCCUAACCCACAUAUGUUCAAUGCAGAUCUGACGUCUUUUUUUUUUUUUUAUGAAUGUAUUUUUUUGUAAAUACUUUUAAUAUUAUCAGUUUAUAAUUGAACACAAAAGUAUUACACUAGAGAUGUUAUCCCUUGAGAUAAGUCAUGGAAGUAUUGGUAUUGGUCUCUAUGGCACUGCACGUCUUACGAGACAGUCUUUUCCUUAUGCAACUAGAGAUUAAGAAACCUCUCCAUUGCUGGGGGAAAGCUUGGGGGGGUAAAUUUGCGAGUGUUGGGCACAUGUAAACACUAGCCUCUCUUUCAUACUGACCGUAUCCAAAGGGAUGGUAAACCGUCACUAUUUGGGGCAGGGGUUUGUCAUGGAAGCAUAUUCUAUUUAAAAAUAUCUAAUGAGAGUGAAGUGUCCAACUAUAACUUUUAGAAUUCAAAUAUUUUAACACAGUAAAUUGGGCAAUGAAAUUUUAUGUCAGCUAGACUUAUUUAAUGAACAAGAUAUUGUGUUGGGUGGACAUACUCUGAACAAUUAUAACAGUUAGUGUUUAAAUGUUUUAUUCAGGGUAUUGCAAUAUUACACCAACAUUGAUAAACUAUUAUUUCUUUCACUUAAUUUGUUCAAUGAUAAAGUGCUUUGUGGUCAGUUAUUAAAUUUGUUAGUAAUUGUAUAGUACAUGCUGGUAGAAUAAGUACUUAAAAGGUUCAGUUUGCUGUCAAAGUAUUGAAUAUCCACCACUAUAUGUUUACUAUUGAUAACAUUUGACCAGGAUGUGAUACUGCGCAUUAUGUAACAGCAGUACUUAAUAAAGUAUUUGUAGAUAACUAUUAGAUGGUCUCGAAUUGAAUUCUUUUAACAAUAAACAUUUUUUCUUUGUGCCA